AUGGGCUUGGCCGCACGACCGAUGCUACCACGGAUCACUCAGCUCUCCAUCUCAGUGCCAAUCACCUUCAUCUACGGUGGACAAUCUUGGCUUAACAUGUCCACAGGUCUUCGUGUUCGGGCCAACCGACCACAGUCAUAUGUGGACGUCAUGGUUAUCGAGGAUGGCGGCCACCAUGCCUAUGCCGAGUACGCCGACGCGUUCAACGAUUACGUAAAUGCUGUUGCUAACCUGGUUGAUGAGGGUUACGAGUUUCGUCCAGGCAGUGAGGACCUUGUCCGCUUUGAGAAAUCGACGCAGUCGAUUUACCGUCCUCGUGCUGGCUCUUUUCGUGCACGCGAAGAAAGUCGGAAGACAGCCAGGACCUAG